GAAGAAAACGAAACAGGAAAGUGGGCGGGUCUGACGUAGGAGUGAGAGAGGUAAAAGUUAAGCAUGUAAAAUUGUUAUUGGGGGUGAUGCGUGUAUAAUACAAGGAUUGAGCGAUUAAAUUAUUAUUUUUUUAAAGCUGGGUCAGAUUCAUGGUCAUCCCUUUUGUAUAGUUAUAUCCCAAUUUAACUUCUUUUAUCAAGUCAUCAAUUCAUAUUGUAAAUGAUUUAGUCUUUUUAUUCAAUUCCUGCUACCCACCGUCGGUAUACCCCCACCGUCUCCACUAAGUGAACUGUGACUGUACAGUGAGUAACACUUUCUGGUAUUUCUCAACUGUUUUACACGUGUUAAUUUUCGACACUCGAUGUUGUUGAUAAUGGCUUCAAGCAUGACAUUUCUUUUACAAAUUACUAUAAAACUCCUGAGAGAAAAAAUAACCACUCUGAGUCUGAGAAUCAAAACCAUUCACUGUUCACACAGUCGGCUCAGUUGCCGCAAUCGCAAUAGCCAACUGAAUACUUCUACUUCUAAUACUAUUAAUAGUAUUAUUUUAUUUAAUAGUAUGCAUAUUAUAUUAAAUUAUAAUCAUAGUGGCCUGUUUAUUGACAUUCAGUUUAAACGUCAACCAACCACAUCUAGUUCUAUCCUCAGAAUGCUAUUCAACCCCCCCCCCCCUUUCCCUUUUUUUCCCCAAACGGUCCAACUAAUGUAGUAAUGAACAAACAAAUAACAUUUCAAACACAAACCAAAACACGCCUACAACAAAAUUUAAUAGUAUGCAUAUUAUAUUAAAUUAUAAUCAUAGUGGCCUGUUUAUUGACAUUCAGUUUAAACGUCAACCAACCACAUCUAGUUCUAUCCCCAGAAUGCUAUUCAACCCCCCCCCCCCCUUUCCCUUUUUUUCCCCAAACGGUCCAACUAAUGUAGUAAUGAACAAACAAAUAACAUUUCAAACACAAACCAAAACACGCCUACAACAAAAAGAAUCACGAAAGCAACCCACAAAACAAAUCAUAACAGAACAGAAACGCUAUUAUCGUUAUUCUCGGGCUACUUUUGAUUUUUGUUGCAGUUUGCCCCAGUUUGGAAACUUCACAUCACUAGCAGUCUGCAUUUUACUAUCUUAGGUCUUAGUCUUAGGUUACAAUAAUAAUAAAAUAUAAUUAAAAUUACAAUAAAUUACAUUACUUAGGCUACAUGCUUAGGUCUGGUUGUUUCACAGACAAAUCAGACUAGACAUACAUAUAAUAUAAUGUAACACAUAAUUAACAAUGUCGAAAAUGUAUAUUAUUAUAGUUUAAUACAUAAACAUAAUAUUAUUUAUUAUAUAUUUAAAUUUAAUAUUGUGUUUGUAAAUUAAUAAUUAAUCAUGCUGCAGUUUUUAACCUUUCUUUUUUGUUCAAUUUACGACUUGUGUUACUUUGUGUGAGGUCAGGAGGAGCUACAUCCUAGGAUAUUAUUAACAAAUUAUUUACAAGGAGGCGAACUCAUCACUAAUGUUUUAUGCCAUCACUAACUUCUAAUUAAAAUAUUUGACACAGGCUUUAUUCUCCGACUGUCCACCCUGCCCUGUGGACUAAUUUAUAGACUUGAAGACGAGAGAAAAAAUUGCUUGUUAUAGUUUUGGAACUUAAUGUGCCCAAUAAAAAUCGUGUUGAAAAGGAUGAAUAGAGAUUUUUUUUUUUUUCCUAAACAGAAAAUAGAACUAGAACUGAAUGCAAUGGCUGGCUUACGUGCAGAUAAUGUUGAUGUUGCGACAUCAUCUAACUUUAAAGAUGUCAGGGCAACACAUCUGCACCUUGAUCUAAGUGUCCUUUUUGAAGAAAAAAAAGUUAUAGGAUUUUUGAGAGUUUCUUUGAAGAGUCUCAAAAAUGAUAUAGCAACAGGUAAACAAAACAUCAUAGAAAAUUAAAUUAGUUCUCGUAACUCUUUCUAUAUCUUGUUACGUGUUCAAAAACUUGUUCAUAAUAUUUUUAACUUUAAAGUAUAGAUUCAAUUGUUUCCUUGAUUUGCCAUUAAUAUCAUAAAGAGUACACGCCAUGGCAUAACUAAUCUCCAUUUUUAAAUAUCUCUAUAAUGAAACAGAUUCAAAAUUUUCUUUGGGGGGGGGGGUGUGUCCUUGUAAUGAGCCUUUAAUUAGUUCAUUAAGAUAUAUUAUUUGUUAAUUUCAGUAAUUCUUGAUGUGCAUGAGAAGCUGUCAGUCUCACAAGUCAGAGAACAGCAAAGCGGAGCCAGCUUGGAAUUUUCAAUACAACCAUUUGCAAAUUAUGGGCAAAGCUUAACCAUCAAGGCUAGAAGAAUUUACUUACUAGUCAACAUUUAUUUUAAACCUUCAAUUUUGAGUUGUUAUUUUAGCCAUGCAAGUGAUUCAGCAAUAGGGAUUUAUUAACAAAGCCUUAAAAAAAAAAAAAUUGGGUGGGGGGGAUAAGAUACAGUUCAUGGUAAAAAAAUAUGAUUUUUAAUGCAUAGAAUUUUGAUAUUACAGUGUGCACUUUCAUAUAGUUAGUAGUUUACAUAUUUAUAUUUCAGAUGGCACAUUCAUUUUUCCGUUGGUACAUUUAUUUUUCAGUUGGCCCAUGCUAAAAGUAUAGGUGAUGAGUUUAUCCUUGAGAUAGACUAUGUUGUCAGUCAGGGUGGGCCAGCAGUCAGCUGGCUUGAGCCUCAACAAACUGCAGGUAUUGGUUAACAAAUAAUGUUCUGCACCAGUAUUUAUGAGCAUGGCCCAUGCCAUGGGUUUUUUUCUCUCCUCACUGCAUACAUUUAAAGAAUAUAGACUAUUAAACUCAAUCAGCUGGAAAAAAAUUGUUCAGUUUUUCAUAAUAUGAGCCAUUAACCUUUAUAAUAAUUCUCAGCACUUUCUAAGUGUAAAAAAAAAGUUGUGUUAUAUGUUUUAUUUCCAAGUGAAUUAAUUUUUAAUGGAAUAAAAAAUUAGAUACACUGAUAUUUACAGUCAUCAGUCAAAAAUAAAAUUUGUAGAAAUAUUUUUUUAGACCAUGUCCAUAACUAAAGAUUGUUUGUGUUAUUUUACACAAGAGUGUUUUUUUAAACAGUAAGAUAAAGGUAAUCCAUUUUCUCCUCUUGCACAGAUAAAGUUAAGCCAUUCAUGUACACCCAAGGCCAGUCUGUGUUGAACAGGUCCUUCUUCCCAUGCCAGGACACGCCAGCUGUCAAAGCCACAUACUCAGCCUUUGUUAAAGUCCCCGAGGGACUCACAGCUGUCAUGAGUGCCAACAGAAAUAGUUUUGGUGACAGGGGGAACAGAGCAGGAGACAAGAACUGUUUCUUUUUUGAGGUGAGGUCAAUAAUUUGGGAUAAAUCUUAGAGGUCUUUAUAAAAACACAAGUGAAAGCCUGAAUAUUUCCAUAAGCCAUUUAAGUUAUCUAAAAGAUGAGUGCACAUCAUGUAUUAACAGAUGACUGAGAUGUUCUGUUAUUGCCAAUCAAAUGUAAUAGUUAUAUACAAAUGAUUUUAUUAUGAAUAAGUAAAUAAAUUAAUGCAAGAACGAAGGGUAUACAUUUUUAAUUAAUGAAAAUGUAAUAUGGUAAAAGAUUAUACUUAAUAUUAAAUAUAUAUGGUAUGAGUCGGUAAUAAUUUGCUUGGAAAUUAUUUUUAAUAUCUUAAGAGUAUGUGUUUAAGGGCUUUAGGAUAUUUAAAGUGUUAUCUUUUUUUUAUUUACUAUCAGCAAACCACACCUAUCCAAUCCUAUUUGAUUGCUCUUGCUGUUGGGUUCAUCAAGUCUGCCAGGAUUGGACCAAGAAGUCAUGUAUGGGCUGAACCUAGUGUACUUGUAAGCCAAUUUGUAUUUCUGGUUCUGUAUAGCAUUUAUUUGACUUUUGCAGAAUGAUUUUUGUCAAGAUGGCUAAUUCACUAAUUCCAUUUAUUUCACAUCAAGCAUGGAGAAAUAUAAAUCUUUUAUUUGUGUCUUGACAACUUGUUUUAAAAAAUUAAAAAUCAAAACACAAAUUUUAAUUUGUUUAUGUUAUUCCCUUUGGAUUUGUUUCAAAUUUGUUAAAUCUGGGUAGUUAAAAUUUAAAAGGUAACUUUUUUGCACUCUAACUUUUUACAUUAAAUACUGUACAAUAGUUUGGUAUAGAACUUAUAAUUUAAAAAUAAUUUGUUAAACUCCACAUGAAGAAUAUAUAUAUAGCCUGUUAAUUAUUUUAGGCAUGCAUAUUUGAAUUUUUGGUUUAUUUAGUGUAGCUUAAACUUUUUAGAUUUCUCAAUAUUUGAAACUUACCCCAUGAUUUCUUUUUUUUUAAAUGAAAUUUUUAUGUCUGAAUUGGGAAAGACACAAAAAAGCUGCAGUAAUAUAACCAUUGUUGUAUUCAUAGGACAAGGCUCAUGCAGAAUUUGAUGGAAUUGUGGAAGAAUUUCUUGCAACGGGAGAGAGGAUUUUUAGUGAAUAUGUUUGGGAAAAGUAUGACAUCCUUAUUAUGCCUCCUUCUUUCCCAUAUGGCGGCAUGGAGAAUCCAUGUCUAACAUUUGUCACACCAUGCAUUGUUGUUGGGGAUAAAUCCUUGGUAGAUGUUGUUAUUCAUGAAAUUGUGAGUACUUAUAAUUUAAUGUUGAGUUGAUUUCUUAUUCGGAUAUUUAAGAAAUAAAAUGGCUUUAUUAAAACUCAUUUACUAUAUGAAAAUUUAUUAUUUGAUUCACAUAUUUAUAACUCAUUGCAUUUCACAUCCAUGAGACUUUUUCGAAAUUCAAAAAUUUAUUUUCCAUAAAAUAUUAGUAUUUCAAUUCUUUUUUGUUGUGCUAUGACUUAUUCCCUCACCCAGACACACAGCUGGUUUGGUAACCUGGUAACAAAUGGCAACUGGAGUGAAUUCUGGCUUAAUGAAGUAAGUAUAAUUAUUGCUUUUUUUAACAUAAGUUUAUUGUUCAGUGCAUUCUGUUCAACAAAAAUAGUAUUCAGUGUAUACGGUACUGUAAAACAUUAUAAAUCAGCACAUUUUCAACAAAUUCAUUUGCAGCUGUUAAUUUUUUUUUCUUUUGUUCAUAACUGAAGACAAAUUUAUUGAACUUACCUUAUUUCCUUGUCAACUUACUAGGGAUUCACUAUGUUUGGUCAAAGAAGAAUUGAAGAGGAAAUCUAUGGUCAUGAUUUGAUGUGUUUGGAAGCCAAAACAGGACAGGAAUUAUUGAGAAAACAUAUAGACAAUGAAGGGGAAGUAAGUUUUAAAACACAAUUUAUGUUUAUGAGCUCUGUUAUUUCUUUGUAGUUUUUUUUAAUGAUUUUCUUACACAGUCUUUGUCAUAUUUGAAAAUAAAUACACACAAUUUUAAACAUGUAUUAUACAAACCAUGAGAUGUGUCAAUUUUGGGAAAAUCCACCCAUAGUUGCAACAAUUAAAAAAGGGGGCUGACUCUGCGAGACAGAACACCUUGAGAGGAUGCUGGAUCCUAAAGCAGGAAAAGUGAUCUGCGGGCAGAAAUCUAGGGGCAGAUGAUGACUCAUGGUUCGACCUAGACUGAGAUGGAUAGACGAUGUAGAGAAGGACUUGACCAGCUGGGGGUCCGCGCUUGGAGUGGGGAAAGCCAUGGAUUGAUCCGAAUGGAAUACUACGUGGGCUCUAGCAUUACUGAUGAUGAUGUCUUAAUGGAAGGAUUAUUUGGAGCAGGCCAGGACCCUACAUGGGCUCUAGUGCCUCUGAUGAUGAUGUCUUAAUGGAAGGAUUAUUUGGAGCAGGCCAGGACCCUACAUGGGCUCUAGUGCCACUGAUGAUGAUGUCUUAAUGGAAGGAUUAUGUGGGGCAGGCCAGGACCCAACAUGGGCUCUAGUGCCUCUGAUGAUGAUAUGUAUUUUACUGGGGUGUCUCCUAUUUCUCCCCAGAACGCUCCUUUAACUAAACUCCGUGUCAUCAUUGAACCUGGUGUUGACCCCGAUGACACGUACAAUGAAACUCCAUAUGAGAAAGGUUUUGCAUUUGUGUGCUACUUGCGGAGUCUUGUUGGCGACAAUAAUGCUUUUGAUGGAUUUCUUCGAGCAUACAUUCAGAAGUUUAAGUACCAGGUACUAAAUUAAAUAUUAAUGUUUGAAACAAAGAAUUAUAUAGAUGUUUUCAAAUUUAUUUAUUUUGAAAUAAUUUAAUAACUUUAAUUAAUGGUUUUAAUUUUGAUGGUAUGAUUAUUUUGGUUUGGAUAUUAAUUGCUUCUUUUCAGUCUAAUAUUAAAUACUCAAUGUUUUGAAUUUUCAGAGCAUAGUGUCUGAGGAUCUUUUCGAGUUUUAUUUGGAUUAUUUUCCUGAACUUCGAGAACAGAGAGUUCAUGAAAAGUACGAGCAGAGAGAAUUUGUUUCAUUUUAAAUAAUUUUCUUAAGUAUUUGGGACACACCUUGUUUAUUGUUCCUUGGAUAAGUUUUUUUUAAAAAUGUAGCAGGCAAUGGAUGGUAUGUGGGAUUUUUAGUUAUUUUCUUUUAAUUCAAAGGAUUUACUUUCUUUUUUUUUUUUAAAUAAUUUUUAUUUGACUUGCCUUUCACUUUCAUCACAUAUUUAGACCAGGUUUUGAGUUUGUGGCAACUUGGCUGAAUGGCACUGGCUGGCCGCCUUACACCCCUGACAUAUCUGCUCACAGGAUUCUGACUGCUGAAGGGGAUAAGGCUGUACUUAGCUUUACCAGCCUAAACACGCAAGUAAGAUCUCGAGAUUCUCCCUUAUUCUUUGCCUUUUCAACCCCCAUUGGAACAUAGGCCAUUAAGAAUUACUUUCAAAGCCUUCAAUCUCUUGCCAUCUUCUUUAAAUAUUUCCCAUCUUUGUUCCCUGCUGAUUCUAUACCAAUGCUUUUCUUGUCAUAUUCGCCUUGGGUUUAUGCAUGGCCUGAUCUAUCCGUCUCCACUUUCUUUUCUGAAAUUUCUCAUUCUACAGGGAUUUGUGCGGGUCUGUUCUUUCACUGCUGUAUAUGGAAUUUAGGAUGUCAAGACUUCUGUUAUCUAGCUCACAUGGAUCAGCUGUGUCCAAGUUGAUUGAAAUUAAUUUGAAAGCAAUGUAAUGUUACUGAAUGUAACUGCGCAAAGUUAUAUUGGCUUUAUUUGUUGAUCCACUUGGUUGGGGCAGCGAGGGAGCAUUGCUGCUUCUUAUAAAUUAUCUGUUGUUUUUUUAAUGUUUUAUAUAAUAUCUUCAUAUUAAGUUCAUGUCACUUUUCUUUUGUAUAGUUUAUAAACAUAAAUAGUCUAACAUUUACUGUCGUUAGUUUAAAAAUACGCUCCUUGAUUAUUAGGUCUGAAAGUAGUUUGUUUUUUUAAAGAAAUCUUGUAACUUUAAAUUGUCUGUUUUCACAAUUUUUUUCAGGUGGAACUCAUUGUUCAUUACCUUAUCUGGCUUUGCUUUAAGAUAACUGUUUCAAAAAACAAUUAUGUCAAAAAAGUUAAAAUAAUACUUAAAGUAUUUGAAAAUUGGUCAGCAAUAAUGUCAUUAUCUGAAAUCAGUUAUUUACAUAUUUAGACAGUUUUCAAGAAUCAGUUGUUUUAAUCACUAGUGAUCAUAAUUCUACAAAUUUGUAAAAUAUUUCUAUGUUGCUAUAGGAUGCUGAAAAGUAUCAUAGAAAACUUGGAUGUAUGUACUUGACUCUGAAGUAUAUUUUAUAAAUCUAACAUUCCAGACUGAGGCUCCUGAAAUGAAGUCAUGGAAGGCAUAUCAGUUGAUGUAUUUCUUGGAUGAAAUUAAUCAAACAUCUCUACCAAAAGAGGGUUUACAGAGAAUUCUUCAAGAAUAUCCACAAGUGCAUAGCUCUCCAAAUGCAGAGGUAGGAGCUGAUGGGCUGGUUAUAAUAUAGUGUUAAAAUUUUAAAAUUCCAUAUAUUUUCAUGCAUUCAUAGUAAUCAUAGUGUUCUGUUUAUUCAUUAAUGUAUACACAUUAUGAUCAUGAGUUUUCAGCUGAGUUUUCAAUUUUGAGGAAAACUGUUUAUUUAGCUUGAUUGUUGGAAUAUGAAUUUUUCAUUUGCUAUCAAUAUUUUAAAAAGUUUGAAAUUAUGUGUGAUUAAUUCAAAUUUAGAUUGUAUUCUAAUGGAAAUGAUUUGUAAUCUUUUAUAUUUUAUGUUAAGAUUCGACUACGUUGGUGUGAGUUGGUGAUAAAAAAUGAAUUAUCUGACAACUUUGAGGACAUAAGGCAAUUUUUGCACAGUCAAGGUAAAUAAAUGCUUGCAUUUCUUUCUCAAAUUGACAUUUCUAUAUAAUUAUAAAUUUUCAGACACUCUAUAUAUUAAAUGCAUAAUAAACUCAUUUUGUGUUGGUAUUGAUUAUUAAUUAAAAUAGAAUCAUAGUCAGCAUGGGGUAAGGUCUAGACUCAUUUGAGGUAUUCAUCAAAAUAAAGCAAAGUGGGAAUUUUUACUUAAAUGUAAACUAUUUAUAAACUGUGGAGGAUAAACUGAUUCCAUUGGGGAAUAAAUUGGAUGUACUACACCUUUGUUUUUUUUAUAGAUACUAGUUGGACGUUAAUAAGUUUAAAAUUUUGAAUAAUUUAAAAGAAAUUUAUAUAUGUUCAAUUGAAAGGCCAGAUUUUUACUUUAUUUGCGUCAUAAAAUUUUUAAUAAUUUUUAUUUCUAAGUGAUCACUUUUAAAGAGAAACACUUUGACCUAAAAUCCAGAUUUAGAGAGAAAGUGUGUGUUUAGUCAAAUAAUUUCAACUGAAUUCAUAGGUAAAAAGAAAUAUACCAAACCACUAUAUCAAGCCAUGGUGAAGGGAUCUGAUGAACUGAGACAGCUUGCUGUCAAAGUAUUCCAGGAAACACAAGACUUCCUCCAUCCCAGUGUACGAGAGGACAUCAGGGAAAUCCUACCAAAAGUUAUUUUCUAAUUUUUCUUUCCUCUUAAAAAAAGUUUUAUACAUAGCUACGCUAGAAAAUGUCUUUGUAACUGUUCUAAAUCUUUUUCAUUUCGAUUUCUUAUCACAUUAUCCUGGUAUUUAUUAUAUUAUGCAUAUCCCAGGCCUUUUUACUCUUACGAUUUUGGAGUGCAAUGUAUGAUUUUGAGAUGUCUAUAUACAUUCCUCUACUUUUUUCUGAUUUAAAAAAAAAUAAAUAAAAAGUAUGUUUUUGGUUGCUAAUUUGAGCUCCUUUCUACAUCCAGCCGUGAAUGGAUCAAGAAAUAUGAUUGGUUGGGGGCCAUCUAUAAUUAUGUUACGUUUACUCUGAGAAGGGAAGAAGGUGGUGUUGAUUUAGAUUUUUUGUCGCAAGGGGAGGGGGGUCCGAAUAUUUUAAGUCAAUAAAAAAUAACACAGCUACUUUUUUGUAUUGAUAGUAAUGCUGGCCAUUUUUGGCACUGGUAAUAUUAGCGUGUUUGUCCUAGAGACAAUUUUAGUUCAUCCAUCAAUCCAUCAAAAUGUUAAUGGCAUAAGAUGAGGGCAUAAAAAAAAUAUCAUAUAAUAUAUAUAUAUUUUGGUUUUGGUGUUGCAGCUUCCUUUCAACAACCAGCCUUCUACCUACUCAACACGUUUUAUAUCAAUUAUUAAUAGUAAUGAGUGGGGGAAAAAAAAAAGGGAGCGUCAUACGCGACGUUGGAAUUUAUUCAGAGGCAACUAUUAUAUUAAUAAUAAAGAACCAUGCGUAUGGUGUCGGACAGUCCGUAGUACUGUCUGUAGGUCAGUUGUUUAAAGGCCGACAGGUAGGCUGCAUGUGUAAAGGCCGGCGUACAUUAUAGAAAAGGAGAGAAGGUAACUUUCUUUUGGUAACUCUUGGACCCACCAAGUAUUUUUUCAAAAUACCCUGACCUGGUGUAAAAAAAGAAACUACCCCCCCCCCCCCCCCCCCCAGUGUAAAAGGCGGCGUAAAUUAUAGAAAAGGAGAGAAGGUAACUUUCUUUUGGUAACUCUUGGACCCACCAAAUAUUUUUUCAAAAUAACCUGACCUGGUGUAAAAAAAGAAACUACCCCCCCCCCCCCAACCAAGUUAAGCCCUAGUAUAAAAAUAAUUUAUAAGGAUAUGGUUUGUUAAUGACUGAAUUAUCACACGUGUAAAUGAAUAGCUUAAUUACAGGUACUAAAUUUUCUUUUUUACUUCGCUCAGCUUUGUAACACAUUUACAAGGGGUCGGGCAUGAAAUCCCCCAGUACCACUACUUUGCCAGACUUUUGUAAGGGGACACUGACUCAUGACAACUACUGGCUUCGCUAAUGUGCUCUUUUUUUAAUUAGAAGAUACUGAAAGUAGCCACAUGUUUCUCAAUUUAGGCUCAGGAAGGGGGCGUGCAUAGGGGAGGGGUCUGCCCCUAACAGUACUUUUUUUUUCUUCAUUAAAUGUAAAAAGUAUGUUUUGGGGGGGGGGGGGGUGCAUUUUGGCCCAAAAAAUUUUCGUUGUUAAGGGUCCCAAAAAUUUUGCCUCUCCCCCCCCCCCCGGGGGUGGCACUAACCAUUGCUACGUCGCUGCCUGCACCCUAGGCAUAGAAGUUAGACUCGGUGUAUGCACGACUUGUAUAAAUAAUCUGCUUGGUCUGUACUGACUUGAGAAGUUUUUCAAGAAAAUCGGCUUUGGAUUGUUGACUUGUGUCAGUGAAGGUGAAUCGAUAAGCGAUAAAACAUGCUGACAAGGAGAAUGGUCUGGGCAGAAACUUUGCCUGGUAUUAAGAGGGGGCCAGAGUGUUGGGGGGGGGGUUAUUAAGAGGCGGCGGGGGGGUGGGGGGGGGGCGUAAUUAAGAGGGUGCCGGGGUUGGGGCAUUGGGAGAGUUAGGUAAUAUAAAGAAAAUUUAGAAACUUUGCCUGGUAUUAAGAGGGGGCCAGAGUGUUGGGGGGGGGGUUAUUAAGAGGCGGCGAGGGUGUGGAGGGGGGGCGUAAUUAAGAGGGUGCCAGAGUUGGGGCAUUGGGAGAUUUAGGUAAUAUAAAUAAAAUUUUUGGCGAUCAGAAGUUUCAAAAAUGAGGUUGUUCCCUCCGUCUAAAGGGAAAAAGUGCCGCCUCAGGCGGUCAGCUCCCUCAACAUCCCCCUUCCUAAUGAUGUACAACACCUAAUGCUUUCGAGUUGUUCCCUACCAAACUGCUGAACAGCUUGCGUCCCGUCAGUAGGCGAUAAAACAAACGUGGUCUCAUGGGCACGGGCGUGGCCAACAUGUGGGCCAUUUAGUUUCAAGCCCCGUGAUGCCAAAUCGGGUGUGUGUGUAUGUGUGUGGAGAGUGGAUCCUGGAACGUUUUCACCUUGACAUUGGUGUCAUUUUUUUUUUUUUUUUUACUAUUAGCUUUAGAGAAAAUGAAAUCGUUUGAGUGAAAUAUUCAUUGGUUUUCCCACAAGUCAAUUGUGUCCUGGGUCCGCCCCUGUCUUUAGCCGACCUCCAUUUAGGACUUUGGUAUUAUAACAUUCUAACGUAUGUAGUGUAUUAAUAACUUAAUUGAAUUUUGGUUUGACCACUCUCUCGUUGGUCAGUGCCUGUUCACCCUACGGUCAUGUGAACAAUGAGACACAUUUAAUCGUGUUUAUCUAGAUAGGGGGUGGGGGGUGGGUUCUGACUAGCAUCAACAACUAAUCAUUGUCCGACACACUGUCCGACACAUUGUCAAGCAUCACACACAUCCCUGUAUCAUCAAUAAUCCCCCGUACAUUACGUCGCGUGGACAUCUAUUAGGUUACCAUGGCAACUCCAAGAGGCUGCUCUUUGUUUUCAACUAGAUCGUUUGAAUUUGCCCUGUCAUCCGAUAUUGUGGGCACAGUGGGGGUCAUGUAGGCACGGUGAGAUCGGGUCGUGUAGGCACGGUGGUGUUGGGUCGCUCAGGCACGGUGAAGUCUUGUUAACUGUAUGUUGUUGUUUUUUUUUUGUUGGAAGGGGUGUCAAAUAUCUUGGCCCGGUCUGGGAGGCACUAACCCUAUCAUCGCCACUGCUUUAAAUACAGGCGCCACAAAACCGAAAAGUGACCAGUGCCCUCCUUAAAGUCAGGCUCUAGUGAUCUGUGUCUUCUUCUCAAUGAAAUACUGGUAAUUAACUUCACAAUCUUUGCUUAGAUAUCCAAAGUCUAGAGUUGUGACAACGGCAAACAAAUUUUAACACUUUAAAGGCCAACCAUUUUAAUAACAAAAAAAAAAAAAAAAAAAAAAGACAGCCUCAAAUGUCAAACUGUAGAAAACAGCGUGUGUUAAUAAGGAUUAAGUUUUACAGUGUUCGAAUGCAACCUGUGAGGGUAGUUCAAAUGUUCCUGUAGUUCAGUCUCGAGGUCUUCAGUUUCUUUAAAAAAUUUUAAAUCUAUCGAUUAGGUUGGCGUGCCGCAUGUCACAGUGACCGCAACGCUGGCUGGCGGUUUUCAGGGAAAUUGCACAAGGCACAAUAGAACUCUUGGCGCCACCCCAAUUUUUUAGUGAAGAUCUUGUAGUAGCCAACAUGAUCAAUCGAUCUACAUGGAAUUUAUUCACGUUUUGGUGGAGUGCCUCCGUAUUUGUUAAUGUGCAGUGUGAUACAUAUGUUAGAAAUCGAAUGAAUUUCAUGACGUAGUGAAAAGCGCUCAUAAAAUCAUAAAGAUUACGACGGUAAGGACAUUUUGCGGAGUAUAUCGGCUGACAAUAAUUGUAGAGAGAGCUUACAUUCUAAAAUAAAUUCAAUCAUUCUCAUUUCACAACUUAAAUAAAGUGCUACGUCCAAAUUUUAUAUUUAUGGCGUAAAGAUUAAACAAUUUUCUUUAAAAAGCAAUUGUACGUAAACGUAACGUAUUAUAACUUUCUAAUUUAAAAAUUAAGUUUUUUAAUUUAACGCCGAAUGGUUUAAUUUCCACCGGAAAAAGCUUUGCGUGAAAUCGAAAGUUCAAAGGGGGUGUCGCCUCUUUUAAAUCCCCUUGGUUACUAAAUCUUAAACUUAAUUCCAAGUUGCAAUAUAAUAAGUGAUGUUCACUUAGAAAUUGAUAUUGGAAAUAAACUUAUCAACGUAUAUUACGGCAUGCCAUGAGGCACAUCACAUUCAGCCUAUUUCACAUUCAAUCGAUGGCUUUUUGUAAAUAUGGUUGAGUUUGACUUUGACUUGUUGAUUUGAAUUUUAUUCGGCGCGGGGCCUGUCACAAGCCGGGCCAGUAAUCUCCACCCUCCCAGGACUCCCAGCAUGUUCCCUCUAAGGUUUGUUGGUUCGUGUGCAAAAUCAUACAGUUAUGUGCAAAGUUUUACAGUAUCAAUUUUUUUUGUGUGCAAAAUUUUGCAGCCCACAAACACGCAUAUACAUGGAAAUUUGCUGCGCGGAUACUCAAAACUGUUCAAAACUCCUUCGCGGAGUCUGUGCAGCUUAAAGGCAACAUUGCCUCCCAGCCCAAGACUACAUUCAUUAUUUGACUUAGUAUUAGUCAUUAGAUUUUAGUCCUUAAAUUUAUUAAGACAACUUUCAGUAAAGUAAAAUAUAUAAAAGUAACAAGGUCGGUUCUUUUGAAAUUUAAUUCAUUGAAAUCAUUAUUAUAUUAUUAAUUUAAAAUUAAAAUGGAAGCAUAACUGAUCACUUGUAGGCCUCAGAUAAGUCAUGACUUAAGACAGUCAGGCAUUAGAGUUAAAGUUAAAGCUUAGUCAUAUGAUGAUUUGAAAGAAUAAGUAUAGGAUUAUCACAUCUAACUAAAAAUAAAGGCCUAGGAUUUUUUAAAAUUUUAAGGUAUAAAUUACUGACAUUAAAUUAUUGAGAUUUUCAAAAACAUAGAUUUAAGUUUUUUUAUUUCUAAUUUUAAUUUAACAUGUUUUUUCUUGUUUUAUAUUUGUAUGGUCUGCUGACAAAAGCAUCAAGCCAAAGCCAAAAUUCCAUUUAAAAGUCAUAUCUUUUGUUUUCAAGGCUAAAAUAUCAUUUUCCACUAUUUAUUUUAAUAGGUUUUAAUUGUAUCAUUAUUCUUUUAAAAAUACACAGAGAUACAAAAAAGCAGACAACCUUUUUAUUGAAAAUAUAUAUUUCACAAGCUGCAUGCCAUAAGCUAUUUUCACAUACGGUAUACAAUUUUUAGAAAUAUUAUCUUUUUAAUCUUACAUUUGAGUUCCAUAGUUAUUAUUUGAAUUACAAAGAAUAAAACAGUAACUAAUAAUUUUAACAUUUUAGUUAUUUUAACUAAAUUAAUUUUUUUCAAUAAGUUAACAAAUUAUUGAAUGAUAAAUUGUUAUUUACUUACAGACUAAUAAUUUAACCUCCAACAACAUGGCUGGACUACAACAAGAGGAUGUGGAUGAUGUUGCCACUUGCUCUAACUUCAAAGAAGUUAGAACUACUCACCUACACCUUGACAUGACCAUCAAUUUUGAUGACAGUAAAAUCACUGGAUGGUUGAAACUGUCUUUGAAGAGUCUCGUAAAUGAGCUUGGGACAGGUAUGUCAAACUUAUGAGUAUUAUAAAUAGUAAAGAUUUAAUUUCCAGCUCUCCCCCUCAGCUAAACGAUAUCAAGGUGGCUUAUAAUAGGCAAAGUCUGAUUGUUUAAAGCCCUCUAAGUGUCUUUUUUUAAAUUUAAAUUAUCGAAGAGAUAAACAUUUUAGUUCUAAAUACAAAAUCUUGAUAUCCUAAUUGAAUAUACUCAUGCUCAAAUUAAGUAACAAAUUUUCACUAAAGACAACAAAUUAAGCAAUAUCUCAAACAUAUAAAUGAUAUGUGUGGUGGCAAUUUUUGCUUACCUGAAAAUUUGUUUGAAAGAAAUUUGUUUGAAAAAUUGUUCAUAAGUUUUUUUUCAAAAUAUUAGAUAAAUGGAGAUUUAUUUAUUUUUAAAUGAUUUUUAAAGGCUUUUUUGUGUUGUGUGACAAAUGGGGGCAAUGUAAACUUUUGAAUAAAACAAAUUUUGAAGAAAAAAUCCCAGUAACCCAAUUGCAGAGACUCAGAUGACUGCUGUAAAUAUUUAUUUUUUUCUUCUUUAUACUGCAGUAAUUCUUGACGCACAGAAAAAUUUGGCCAUCUCCCAAAUAAAAGAGACACAAAGCCAAAAUAAUUUGGACUUUGUAAUUGAACCUUUUGCAAGUUAUGGCACACGUUUAAUAAUCAAGGUAUUUUCGAAAACUCUUUAUCACAGUUUAUUUUUUAACCUUUGCCACCAUUGAGCAAAUUUUGCAUUUUCUUUUAUCUUCUGAAAGAUUUAGGAAAAUAAUGGAAGCAAAAGCUAAAUUGUAUUUAACAUAGCUCCUGUCAGAUAAAACAAGUGAGGAUAAAACAAAUCAGAAGUAACACUAACAGAAUCAUACCCCCUUAAAUGACAUUCAAUUUAAUUGUCUUAACCUUGAUGUCAUGUUUUGUAUGUUGCAAUCACUAGAAACAUUUUAAUUUUUUUUUUUCCAGUUGUUAAAGCCCAAACAGAAAGGGGAAACAUUUGAUCUUGAGAUAGAAUUUGUUUCCAAUCCUGGGGGUGCAGGAGUGAGUUGGUUGACACCACAGCAAACUGCCGGUAAAAUAGCUGAUUUUCAACUCAUCUAUAAGAUUAGUCUGAUAGUAAAUUGGCUGAUUUUCAACUUAUCUAUAACAUUUGUCUGAUAGUAAAGUGGCUGAUUUUCAACUCAUCUAUAAGAUUAGUCUGAUAGUAAAAUGGCUGAUUUUCAACUCAUCUAUAAGAUUUGUCUGAUAGUAAAAUAGCUGAUUUUUAACUCAUGUAUAAGAUUUCUCUGAUAGUAAAAUGGCUAAUUUUCAACUCAUGUGUAAGAUUUGUCUGAUAGUUUACUAAAGUAAAAAUAACUUUGUAUUUUAUAUAAAUAAGUAUUUAAUUAUCCGUUUGAAAUUUUUAGCUAAGAUUUCCAUGUCUUGCAUUUUACUAAUUAAUUCUGCCUCUGUUUCUAAAUAUAUUAGCAAAUACUUUUUUUGGAAAAUCUAUAUAAAAUAAUUAAAUCUUUAAAAUUGACUGUUUAAAGAAAUAAGACAUGAUUUCUGUUCAAUAAAACUGCAAUCUUUUAAAGCUUGUAUCUGGAAUUUUCAGUUAUAUGAACAUCAAGCGAUAUUAUGUUUUUGUGGUUAAAUAAUUUUGACUCUACAUCUUCUGUCACAAAAUGUGGGAAAGAAUUAAAAUUCAUCAUACUCUUUCUAUGCUUAGACAAAAAGAAGCCAUUCAUGUACACCCAAGGUCAGUCGGUGUUGAACAGGUCCAUCUUCCCGUGCCAAGACACACCAGCUGUCAAAGCCACAUAUUCAGCCUUUGUUAAAGUCCCGGAGGGAUUCACAGCUGUCAUGAGUGCCAACAGAAACAGUUUUGGUGACAGAGAGAACAGAGCAGGAGACAAGAACUGUUUCUAUUUUGAGGUGAGGUCAGAGGUCAAUAUGAUUUUGGUGUGAUAAACAUCGCUAUCAGAAUGUAGUCAUUUGGGAUCAGCCGAUUAGCUAUGGGAUUGAAAAAAAAAUCAUCAUAAUAUGCAAGUAUUGAAAAUAUGUCCUGGCUGGGGGAGGGGGUUAAGAAAAUAGCAUUAAAAAAAAAUCUCAUUACAUUAUUCAUGCUCUACUUUAAAAAAAAAAAUUUGUUGCUUAUCUAAUAAAUUGAUGAAUUUUUUCUUUUUCUCCAAAUUUUAGUUGUUAAUUGAAUUCCAUUAAGAUUAUCUCUCAGAACUGCUCAUUAAUUGUAUUCAAACUGUUUACAUUGAUAGCUGACAAUACCAAUCCCUUCUUACCUGAUUGCUCUGGCUGUUGGGGACAUCAAAUCUGCCAGUAUUGGACCAAGAAGUCAUGUGUGGGCAGAGCCAAGUGUGCUGGUAAGUUGAUUGUUGUUUUGAAAUCAUGAAUUUUCCUACAAUUGUUUGAAUCUUUACAUAUAUAAGAGCUGGAUUAAAAAAUAUAUUAUUAUUAACUGCCAGUUCUCAACUUUUGGUCAGAGAAUGUUGAAUGUAUCUAAGACUUCAUGGUUUACUGACCUGCUAAGUUAGGUUAUACUUAAUACUACUUCACCGAUUGAAUAUACUUUACAUUGUGCAGGCAGUAUAGAUGGUUCUUUUAGUUCAUAUUGUUUAUAAAACAAAAUUGUGUAUACUCUAUCUUGAAUAUAGGACAGAGCACAAAGAGAGUUUGAUGGUAUUGAAAGAUUCAUCCAAAAAGGGGAAGAACUCUUUGGAGAAUAUGUCUGGGAGAAAUACGAUAUCUUGAUUAUGCCCCAUUCUUUCCCCUAUGGUGGAAUGGAGAAUCCAUGUCUCACAUUUGUCACCCCGUGUCUUGUUGUUGGUGACAAAUCCAUGAUUGAUGUUGCUAUUCAUGAAAUUGUGAGUAAUUGAUGUAACGCAUUACUUAAUGACAUGUCAGCAGAGCUAGUUAUGUAGACUCAUGGGGCAGGCAGCGCCAGCUCAAGUUGCCAGCAACUUGGGCAGUUGCCCGGAGCGCCAUCAAUGAUCUUCCAAAAUAGCAAAUAACAUAGCAUGUGGGCGCCAUGGAAGAAACAGAGAAAGGGCAAUAAAAAGAUUUGCUGAUCUAAAGGCUACAAAUAAAAUGUCAUCGGUAGGCUAAUUGUUUAUACUGCCUGUGGUAAGCUAAUUGUUUAUACUGCCCAUGGAAGGCUUAUUAUUUAUACUGCCCACGGUACGCUAAUUAUUCAUACUGUCCAUGGGAGGCUAAUUGUUCAUACUGUCCAAAUACAAAUAUAUAAAAACAAUUUUACUAUUCAUUGUUUGUUAAAAAAAACAACCUAGGUAAUAAACUCAUUACCUCAUCCCCAGUUUGUUCCAUGCACAAUUUUUUAUGAUUAUGCUUAAAAGUGGCGCCAACGUUAAGCUUGCCCAGGGCCCCAGCAAUCCUAAGGCCAGCCCUGGGGGCAGACAAUUCACAGAGCAUGGGGUGGAAAAUAACAGGAUAAGGUGGAUGGCAAUUCAUGCAGUAAGGAAGUGGCAUUUCAUAGAGUGAAGGGUUGACAUUUCACUGAGUAAGGGGUUGUCAAUGGUUUAAGCAGGGGAAAAUUCACCGAAAGGGGGGGGGGGGAUUCAUAGAAUAAGGGGAGGGGGGGGGGGGGGGGGGGGGGGCAUUCAUGGAGUGUGAGGAUGGUGACAGGCGUUCUUGCCACCCAUAGAGUCAGGGAUUCAAGUAAUUAUGCCUAAUUAUUUUAAUGCUUUUCAAUCAUGAAUAAAUAAUUUUUAGUUCAUCAUAAAUUUCAUGAUUUGUUCUACAAAUAAUACAUUAGUGACUUGGAGAUUCUUGUUUUACAUCACAUCCUCAAAUUUGGAUCUCUGAAUUAAAUCAGCAUUAUUUUAGUAGUUGUUUUUUUAAUGAUCUGAUGUGACUGUGGAGAGUUAAUGUAAAGCUGUUGCUUUUUUUCCCAUCCACCCAGACACACAGCUGGUUUGGCAACCUGGUGACAAAUGCCAACUGGAGUGAAUUCUGGCUAAAUGAGGUUUGUACAACCCUCCUGUAUAAGUCUUAGUUGUGGGAAAAUCUCAAACAUCUUGUUGGGAUAUUUGGUAAUAAUUUUCUUUUUAUGCAAAAAAGGGUUUGACCAUGUUUGGCCAGCGCCGGAUUGAGGAGGAAUGCUUUGGGAACUCAUUUAUGUGUCUGGAAGCUAAGACAAGAAGGGAGUUACUGAGAAAACAUAUUGAGAGGGAAGGCAAUGUAAGUCACUUCUUCUUUUUUAUAGUUCAUUUAAAUUACAAUGUGUUUUUAAUAUUUACUUUGUUGUGUUAUUUUUGCUAUAAAUUCACUUCAAUCAAAAUAGUUUGCCUUGCAUUCUAAUAAUUUCCAGCUUCCCGCAGGUGACAAGCUGAUUAGCUCCCUUGGAUUUCAUAAUUUGUUGGGUUUUUUUUAAAGUGAAAAUUAAAUAGUAUAAAAAGUGUUUAUUAAUAAUUUUAAUAAAUAAUCCAUUAGAAAUACUUAAAACUGGGACAAAGCACAGUUUUAAAAAACAAUAAAUGGGAAUGAAAUGGGGAAUAAAAUCUGAGUAAAAAUGAACCCUAUUUUGGCCAAAUCAUAAGGUAAUCAUUUCUAACCAUAAACAUUUUUUUUUAAAUGUCACAAUCUUGUUAUAUUCAAAAGAUGAACUAUCUGAGUUGAUUGAUGACAUUCAAUGACGUUUGCUUGCAGGAUGCUCCUCUAACCAGACUGCGUGUAAUCAUUGAGGCUGGCGUUGACCCGGAUGACACAUACAAUGAAACACCUUAUGAGAAAGGUUUUGCUUUUGUGUGCUACUUGCGCAGUCUUGUUGGGGACAAUAAUGCUUUUGAUAAAUUUCUUAAAGCAUAUGUUCAGAAAUUUCAGUAUCAGGUAAAAUGAUAAAAUGAAGAUCCAUUAAUUCAGUUUCUUUUAGAGCACAUACUCCAUUUUUCCCAUUAUUUUACGUAACUAACAGAAACUUUAUUAAAAAAAGUAGAGUGGUGAAAUUUUCUUAACAUAACUCUGUAUUCAAAUUUAUGGUUUAGCUAAGUCUUGUUUAAAUAAAUAAAUUGAACAUAUUUUUUAAAAUGUAUCUAAACUUGAUAUAAUUUUCAAUACAUGCUUGAUUCUUUUCAAUUUCAUAUAUGCUAUCCCUUCAAAUCCUUACCCAAAUAUUGUUUUUUUAAUUCUUCAGAGUAUUGUAGCUGAGAAUCUCUUCGAAUUUUAUUUGGACUACUUCCCUCAACUCAGAGAGCAGAGAGUCUAUGAGAAGUAAGAAAACAAAUCUUUAGUGUUGGAGCAUUUUUAAUUCUAUGUUCCCUCACUUGAUGAUGACUAUUUAAAGAUUGCUUUUAUACAUUAAAUGAUAGUGUUUUAAAAUUGAAUUUUAAAAAAAAAAGAUUUCGUCAUUUAAUUUAUUUAUUCUAAAUAUUAAAAGAUCAGGUUUUGAGUUUGUGGCAACAUGGCUAAAGGGCACUGGCUGGCCGCCUUACACUCCUGACCUAUCAGCUCACCAAGAACUGACCAGUGACCCAGAUAAGGCCGUUGAAAUCCUAACAAGUAACUAUGUAGAAGUAAGGCAGCCGAUGAUAUCAUGAGUUCAAGUUUUUCAUUUAUUUGAAUCAAUAGAUUUUUGUAUUGUAACAAGAGCUAAAUCAAGAGAUGCAGAAUAUAUUUAAUAAGUUAUGAUUUUAAAAAAAUAAUUUUCUUAAUGAUUUUAUUAUGGAUUGGAGCUAAAUCAAGAGAUGCAGAAUAUAUUUAAUAAGUUAUGAUUUUAAAAAAAUAAUUUUCUUAAUGAUUUUAUUAUGGAUUGUUCUCAGUUAUCUUAUUAUUGAUCGUUUUUAAUCAUCUUGUUAUGGAUUAUUCUGAAUGAUUUUAUGGAUUUAUUGUUAGAUUGGAUGACACUGUAGCUUGACACAUUUAUUUCACUUUCGUUGUUAAAAAUUAUUUCCAGAAUAACACUCCAGAUAUCUCACAGUGGAUUGCCCAGCAGCGAAUUUAUUUACUUGAUGAACUGACAGCAAGAUCUCCCCUACCAAGGGAAACCAAAGAUAAAAUUCUACGGGAUUAUCCUCUCUUACAUAGCUCUCACAACUCGGAGGUGACAUUUUUAUUGUUUUAUUCAGUCAUCAAAUUUUAAAAGUGAAAAAUAAAAUGGCAUAUAUCAAAUUACUUAAAAUACAAAAUGGUAACAUUUGCGUCAGGCUUCCCAACUCCUAGAUCCUGAUACCCUCGCUAAGUAGCCCUUGCAAUCAUUGAAAUAUUCUCUUCAAUACCAGGCACAGAAUCAUCAUGAAUCCACUCUAAAUAAAUAAGGAGCCAGAAUGAUCAAUUAAUUGAUCAUGGGCCCUUAACUGGUUAACUACCAUGAGCCACUGGGAGUGGCUGGCGUUUCUUUCGUUAUGGCCACACGAGCCGCUGGUAGCGCCACUGUUAAUAUCAUAGUAAAUCGAGUAAAAUAUUUAUAUUAUUCCGUUCCCGUUUCGCUUCAAGAUUUUAAUUUACCGACAGGAUGUUUAUAUUCAAAAACACAUGCUAUAGGCAUAAUGUUUUAAAAAACGAAAUUAGUUUUGAUUAAAAUUUCCCAGCUAGUUAUAAAUAUGUACAUGUUUACCAUGGUAACAAGUGACAGUGUUACUAAAGGCAUACAAGUGAUAAGAAGUGUAAAAAUUGUUCCAAUUUCUUUGUUCUUUGGUGCAUUUCUCUUAUUAUUAGAUAUACUAUUUAAAAACCACCAAAUAAAAGGCUUUAAAUGAUUAGGAAAUUUAAAAUUUACAUAUAAGUUGGCACAUCAAUAUAUUUUUUAUUGUUUUUCUAUUGAAAAUACUAGCUUAAAAAUUUAUAAUUUUCUUAAUAAACUUAACUUUACAAAUGUUUUAAGUUUAUCUUAUAGACAAUUCAGUUACCUACAAAAUGGUUUAUUAAUCAUUAGAAUAUGUUGAUAGUUGAGAAAACUGCAGCUGAAAUUGUGCAAAUCUGGUAGCUAAUCAGUUAAGAUAUAGAAGAAGAAGUUAAAACUAAUCUAUGUAAACACAACUGGAAUUCACAGCAUUAUCAUGUUUUAAAAAAUUACAUAAACAGGGUUAAAACAUACAUAUUUUACAAAUUAUCUGAUCAUAGGGGACACAAACACAAUGCCCAUACCUUUAAAUGUGUGUUAUUUAAGUAAAAUAAAUGGAUGAUGGUUGGUAGGCAGAGAGGAAUGAGUAAUUGUAGAAUACAAAAUGUUAUGUCUCAAAUAAAUCCCAUGGAUAAACUUAAGGUUAUAGAGGUUAUAGGUCACAGUAUUAACUUAAGGUUAUAGAGGUUAUAGGUCAUAGUAUAAACUUAAGGUUAUAGAGGCUAUAGGUCAUAGUAUUAACGGAAAGGAAAUAUUAUCUUUUUUUUAUAUUCUGUUUUAUAGAAGUUAGGAGAAGACCAUAUGAUACUACGGUAUGAUACUACGUGCCUUGCACAAAUAUAAAAUUUAAGAAUUUGAUGAGCUUACAAUGAGAUUUAUUUUUAUCUUUAGAAAAAGUCAUUUUCAUUAUGCAGAUUCAGGUUAUUUCUUGUAUGCAUCUAAUUAUUUAUAUAUUUGUAUAUAUAUAUAUAUAUAUAUAUGUUAUUUCAUUCAUAGAUAAGACAGAGGUGGUGUGAGCUUGUUAUUAAAAAUGAUAUGGUUGAUCAGACGGAGGAUGUCAGACAAUUCUUGCACAGCCAGGGUAAAUAUAAAGACUUGCUUUUUGAGUGACGGUUAGUGACCAUGAACCCAGAUACAACUAAAACAGUUAUGGGGUUCAUGUGACACUUUAAAAAAUUAAAUGCUACCAAGUACAGGGGUACUCACACUAAGGCUGGCAGUUAGUGUAAGCUAAGUAUGAGUAUAAAUGUAGAUCCGCGAUAAAUAUAUUCAGAUGUCACCACCCCCAAAAACAGCUGAACCAUGUUGGUGAGAGGGAACCGUGCUGUUCAGAGAGAACCAUGUUGGUGAGAGGGAACCGUGCUGUUCAGAGAGAACCAUGUUAAUCGGAGGAAACAAAGAUAAUCAGGGGUCCUUAAAAAAUGAAUCUUGUUGAGAUCAAAUCAUAGUUCCAUAAAACAUUACCGGAGGAGCACAUUUAAAAAUUGACAUCUCACCAACACCCUGACCUUUACACGCCCCCCCCCCCCACUCCCCUAACAGUUUUCUCUGUGGAUUUAAUUGUUGCUCAGUUUGAGAAACGCUGAUCCAUGCAACUAAUUAACAGAAACAAAAGUAUAAAAGAAAAAAAUGAAUCUUGUUGAGAUCAAAUCAUAGUUCCAUAAAACAUUACCGGAGGAGCACAUUUAAAAAUUGACAUCUCACCAACACCCUGACCUUUACACGCCCCACCCCCCCACUCCCCUAACAGUUUUCUCUGUGGAUUUAAUUGUUGCUCAGUUUGAGAAACGCUGAUCCAUGCAACUAAUUAACAGAAACAAAAGUAUAAAAGCACUGAAAUUGACACCAGAACUCUUGCAUCACAAUUCUCUUCUUGUUUUUGUUAUUUCUGGUUUUAGAUGUUAUCACUCACAAAAAAAUCUGUAAUAAAUACCAAAAAUACUGUAAGUUAAUUGAGGCUAAUUAAGUCAAAAAGGUCAUGAGCCAGGAAUCAAAUUUCUACCAACAUCCUGCCAGAUUGGCCACACCUUAGCAUUGUUAGAGUUGUCCCUCCCUUGACUGGGUCGAGUUCUAAUUACUUCCUUUUUACCAAGCCACACCCCGGGAUAACAGUCUGUUGUUAUUUUGAUCUGCAGAUAUUAUAAGUGUUCUUUUUCCUGUAAUUUCAAAAAAGAAUCUCUUCACAAAUUCUUGUUGAACAUUCAAAAUUUCUUACAAUGUUUUAAAUGGAAUUUUGUUUUUCUUUUUUUAAUCCUGGUUUCUAAAAAUGACAGAAAAGUUGUCUCCAUGACGCUAUCUAACUUAUAAAAUUAACAAAAUAGAAACAUAUAGUUUAAGAUUAACCAAAAGAGUGAAACAUUUCGAUUUGAUUAAUGCUUACUACACUGAUGAACUUUAUGAAGUGGUGAUCACUCUUUCAAAGUCUGAUGAUCAUUGAUCUGUACUGGAAGACGUUGCACUCAUUUACUGACUAGAUUGUUAAAUCAAUUAAGAACUUUCAGUUAUGGUAAUUAUAAUUUGUAUAAAUCCAUUUUAAAAAAAUUAAUAUUGAGCAAUUAGGGAUGGGUUUGAAAAUUUGAUAAAACAUGCAUGCAUGUAACGCACUUUAUAAGAAUCCCGAUUAAUGCCCCCCCCCCCCCCCAAGGCUCGCAACCACACAUUUAUGUCACGCCCCUGAACUAUAUUAAUAUGCCAAUGACCCACCCGCUUUUACACAACAGAUUUAUUUCACCAACUAUUUCAGAAAAAAACAAAGAAACUAUUACACACCAAGCGCACCUGCAAUAUUUUUUAUUUAAAGAAUCUCAUUUAGCGCAGUUAUCUUGGAUUUUCCUUCAUGUUCCCCUUGAAAGAAGGGAAAAACUGAUUUUUGAGGGUUGGGGGGGUAAAUUGAUAAAUUUAAAAUUUGUUAGUAUGUGUUGUCAUUUUUAAUCAGUCUAUAUGCCUAGUUUCAGCUCGAUUGGUUGAUGGGAAAUGGGUCAGUUUGCCAUCCAAAGAUUUUGCCAGCUAGCCACCCACGAACGAAAGCGAAGUGAAUGUAAAGGAUUUUUUUUUAUAAAGCAUUUUAAAUUUGUGAUUAUGCGUUCACAGGAAAACAGAAACAUACCAAGCCGCUGUAUGAAGCAAUGGCCAGUGGGUCUGAUACUUUCAAACAAUUAGCCCUAAAAGUUUAUGGAGAGACCAAAGAUUCCCUUCAUCAAAACAUGCAGGGAGUGGUGGAGAGCAUUCUAAAAAAAUACAAUUUAAUGUAAACCAAUUUGUCUUUCAUUUCUUAAGUAUUACCAUAUUUGUCAAAGCCGUCACUCAAUAAUUGUUUACUUUUAAACUUUCUCAUUUUUAAGUGGCUUGGAAAAAAAAAAGAAAAAGUUUGCAUUCCUAGGAUUUUUACAAACUUGGCCACUGACAUUUUGAGCAAGUGCUUUGAGCUCCAAUUUCCUACGCUAGCCAUUCUGGCGUAGUAGACAAUUAGGUCACUGCAUUUCAUGAAGCAUUCUUGUUCUUAGAAGCAACUUUCUUUCAGCUAAUGUUAUUUAUUUUAUAUGCAAUCAGAUUUUGUUCAUGAUUAAAAAUAUUGCAGCUGAGGUAUAAAAUUACCAUGAGCGUCCAAACUGAAUUUGACUUAAUUUUUUUUUACCAUUUCAAUUAUACGAUUUACUUCCUUUAUAAAUAUUAUUAUUAUACAUUUAUAAAAUCAGAUUAUGGAAGACCUAGUCUGUUUUCAAGACUUAUUUUUUUUUUAAAAAAGAGGUCUCGUCUCGGCGCCAUGGCACCAAAUGGAAUUAAUUGUCGAUGCCACACAUAAAUGUUCUUUGCUUCUCUCACCUAUCUGCCCAUGUAGCAAUCUGAGAAUUUCAGCUGAAAUAUUUUUAUUAUGUACAUUGUCAUUUCAGAUGCAUUAGUAUUUAUAAUUUCUUCAGUUACAUUUGUAUGUGCAUUUGUAUUAUAGAUGUGUAGUUUAUGGACAAGAGUAUCACUAUAUUUUUUAUUGUACUAUUUCAUCACAGAUGUAUUGUGUACAAUCUUCAUCAAAGAUAUUUUUGUUGUGUUACAUUAUUUGUAAUGCCUGGCGUUCUUUCUUUCUACAUUUUUAAUUUAACAACGCAAUAAUGUAGAUGUAGGAGAACAAACAGUGACACCAAUGUACUUACCUGUGCUGACCAAUGUACUGGCCAGUGCUGACCAAUGCACUGACCAUUGCUGACCAAUCAUGUGUCCAAUGACAUAUUGCACCUGACCAAUCAAUGGACAUCUGUAGUUAACUGGGCUUUACUUUUAGAUGUCUUCACGUUAUAAAUUUAUGGAUACAUUUAGUUGGAAUUAACUUCUUUGUAAAGAAUUUAAUUAACAUUAUUGUAUUUGUGUUUGUAAUAGACCUUUGGCAAACUGCUGCAUGGCAGCCGUUCAGGCUUGUGAGCAGCAUGUGAUACAUUAGCUUCCCAGAUUUUAUUUGUAUUUUGCUUUAAUGAGUAACCAAAAUUUAUUUUACAGAUUUCUUCUUUUUUUUUAUUUACAUUUAUUUUUCAAUGGCUUCUCUCACCUUUACAAUCAUCUAACAAUCGUAGAAUUUCAGGUCAUCUAAAUUGUUAUCUCAUAUUUUUUAAAAUUAUGUUUAAAUAUGUUUAAUUAAUCUUGUGUGUGUAUGAAUUUCAGUUCUUGUUGAAUUCAAAUUUUUGUUGAAAUUAUUUUGUGAGAUUACUCCUGGUACUAAUUAUUCAUCUGCUGACACACUAACAUUCCCUUGACUGCAUUGAAUUCCUACAACCCAGCAAGGGUAAAAUUGUUUUUAAAAAAUCAUAUUUUGUAUACAUAUUUUUUUAAAAUUUUGAAGUUGAACUACAAGUUAUUUAUAGAUUAUAAUUUCAGUGUUUUAAAGCCGUUACGAUGUUGGACUUAUUCAAAGUGUUGCUUUUUUAUUUUCUUAAAAUAAAUAAUAAACUUCACG